AUGCAGGUGGCCAUGGAAGGACAAAAUGUAAGUUUCCCCAGUAUAUUUGUCUUGUUGGGCUUCUCAGAUCAUCCGUGGCUGGAGAUCCCCCUCUUUGGAGUGGUUCUGGUCUCCCACAUUCUAACUCUGAUGGGAAAUAGUUCCAUCAUCCUCCUCUCACUGGUGGAUCCCAGACUCCAGACACCCAUGUACUUCUUCUUAGACAACCUCUCUGUGGUGGACCUCUGUGUCACCUGCACCAUUGUCCCACAGCUGCUGAACAACCUCUGGGGACCAGAGAAGACAAUCACCUCCUGGGGCUGCAUCACACAGGUCUAUAUUUUCAGCUGGAUGGGCUACAAUGAAUGUGUCCUGCUGGCAGUGAUGGCCAUUGAUCGAUAUGUGGCCAUCUGCCAACCCCUCAGGUACGCUCUCAUCAUGCAUCCCCAGGCAUGUGCGUGGUUGGCAACUGCAUGCUGGGCCAGUAGCCUGGCCAAUUCUCUGCUCCAAGCCACACUCACACUCCAACUUCCCCUCUGUGGGCAACACACCCUGGACCACUUCUUCUGUGAGGUGCCAGCUCUGCUCAAGCUGGCAUGUAGUGACACCACAACCAAUGACCUGUCCCUGACUUUAGGAUCUGUUCCUUUUGGAAUAGUGGCACCCUUUACUGUGCUUAUCUCCUACACAUUUAUUGCCAAGGCUGUGCUGAAGUUUCCUUCAGCUGAAGGAAGGCACAAGGCAUUCAGUACCUGCAGCUCCCACUUGCUGGUUGUCACCAUGUUCUUUGGACCAGGCAUGUACACAUACCUCCAGCCCCCAGCCAACAGCACUCAAUCCAAGUUCCUCUCCUUCUUCUACUGUGUUUUCACACCACUACUUAAUCCACUCAUCUAUACCCUGAGGAACAAAGAUGUAAAAGCAGCAUGGAGGAGGGUCUUAAAAUCCCAGAGUUGGGGGAAGUCUUUCAAAGCUAAAUGA